AGCCGCAGCCGAGCUGCUGAGCGCCCGUCGCCGCCGAGCCCGGGCGCCCGCCACACGACCGAGGCGUCGCCGUCGCCUCCGCCGCCAUGGAGGCCGCUGCUGCCGCCGCCGCCACCGCCACCGCCGCGCUGCUGCUGUCCGGGGAUUCCGCCGCGGGGCGGACGGACGAGGGCCUGAGGCCCGGAGCCGAGGCCGAGGCGGAGACCGAGACCGAGACCUCGCCUGACGCAGCGGCCGAGCUGAGCCAGCUGGAGCGGUGCGGAGUUUGCCGGGAGGCCCUGAGGGAGCGGCAGCCCCGGCUCCUGCCCUGCCUGCACUCGCUGUGCAAGGGCUGCCUGCACGGCGGCCUCAGCGCCAACUCCACCCCGCCGCCAGGUGAAGGGCUCAUUUGCUGCCCAGUGUGCAGGCAGCAAUGUUACAUAAAGGACAUCAUAGAGAACUACUUUCUGAGGGACACUGGUGAAUUGGACAGCAGCUCAAACAGGAAAGUUAGCCAGGUCUGUACCAGCUGUGAAGAUAACGCUGUAUCCUCCAGCUUCUGUGUCGAGUGUGCUGAGUGGCUGUGCGAUGCCUGCGUAGAGGCUCAUCAGAGAGUGAAAUUCACAAAGGACCACACAAUGAGCAAGAAAAACCCAGGGCUCACAGUUGAUGGGAGGGCAAACUGCGAGCGGCCGAUCUUCUGCUCCAUUCACAGACAGGAGACCCUGAAGCUGUUCUGCGAGACAUGCGACACUCUAACCUGCCGAGACUGUCAGCUGCUCACUCAUAAAGAUCACAGGUACCAGUUUCUAGAGGAAGCCAUCAAGAAUCAGAAACUGACACUGGAAAACCUAGUGAAGAGGUUGACUGAGAAAAAAACCCAGCUGCAAGUGACCACCAAGCAGGUCCGCACCAGGUUGAGAGAUGUCCAGGACAUGCAAAAGAAGGUCCAGGUUGAGAUCAAGAUGGCCAUCCUUCAGAUAAUGAGGGAGCUAAAUAAACGGGGCAAGACGCUCAUCCAAAGAUUGGAGAAGUUGACGGAGGAGCGGCAGCUGAAGCUGGGGCAGCAACACCUGUCCAUGUCCAAACUGUAUCGGCAAAUGGACCAUGUCUUAAAAUUUGCUUCCUGGGCCAUCAGCACCGACAACAGCACAGCUCUGCUGCUCUGCAAGAAAUUGAUCUUUUUUCAGUUGCAAAGAGGGUUACAAUCCAAGGUGAGCACCGAGGAGUUGAAGAAUGACAUUAUUACGUUUCUCUGGGACUCUGCUUUCUGGACAAAGAAUGCGGCCAACUUUGGUAAUGUUGUGAUUGAAAUUCCCCCAACACUGUCGGCACAUCUUCCAGUUCAGCAUCCUUCGACGUCUGGCCAUUCUCCUCAGGCUGUCUCCCAGCACCAGGCUGUCUCCCAGCACCAGGCUGUCUCCCAGCACCAGGCUGUCUCCCAGCACCAGGCUGUCUCCCAGCACCAGGCUGUCUCCCAGCACCAGGCUGUCUCCCAGCACCAGGCUGUCUCCCAGCACCAGGCUGUCUCCCAGCACCAGGCUGUCUCCCAGCACCAGGCUGUCUCCCAGCACCAGGCUGUCUCCCAGCACAAUCGAAUGAUUACGACCCAAGGAACCUCUUGGAGAAGCCACGUACCCAUGCAGCCCUCCCAUCGACCCCCGCCGCCCAGUUACCAGCAGCUCCCGCCCCCUCGUCAGCCUCCUGCACAACAGAGCUCGCAGCAGGUUCUCAUGCGCCAGCCUCACCCAGCUCCGCCAUGGCCCCCAGCAAGUGGACAGACACGGAUGCAGCAAGCAGUGCAGCUGGUCAGGCCAACGGCCGCAAUGCCAAAUGCAAAUGGGAGAUACCUGCAGCAGAUGCAAGUGCAGUUGGUGCAACAAGGGAACCUUGUUCAGAUGCAACAGCAGCAGCUCAUGGGUGAGGUGCUAUUACUGCCACAGAUGAACGGAGUACAAGUCCACCAGCCUCAAGGACAUACUCAGGGAGCUCCCAAGCCACUGAUCAGUGGGCAGCAGCCUCCUACGCAGUACCUGCAAAUGCCCGUCCAACAACCUUCUGCCAUGAACAAACUGCCUUCCCCUGUGCAGCGGCAGCAACCGGCCUUUGGAUUCAGCACGCCUGGUAGUGGACAGUCCCCACCGGUGCAACAAGUAUUUACGUCCAUCGCACAGCCGAGCGUGCCUGUCAGCCGACCUUCUCCUCCGGUACAGCAAGCGCUCCGAUCGAAUACUACUUUCAGCAGGCGGUUACUGUCAAAUACUGCACCCCAGCAAGUUCACCCCAGCCCUCCUGCCAGUCAGAGUACUCAGGUUGGUGUGAACUGCCGUCAGUCUCCAACAUCAAACCUUCACCUUGGCAACAGCCCGGUUUACCAACUCAAGAUGUUGGUGGAGCAGGCAACCUCGUAUCCCUGUGUCAUUCUGCCCCACAGAGACGGUCCGGCCAAUGCCCACGAUCUUAUGCAGAAACAGUAUUCCUAUCCGGGCCCCUCUCUGGUGCCACAGCAGGUUGAUAGAGCUGAUAGUUUACUGUACUCUCUGAUUCCGACCUCCAAUGGAACAAUGUCCUGGUCUGAGUCUGGUACGGAAGGAUUUGUUGAAGGGCAGCCUGCAUAUCGCGUUCCUCGUGCGUUUUCAGAACCAAGGAGGGGUGUGCCCUUCAAGCUGCCAGAUACCAGUAGCAGCAUGGAGCAAGAGGAGCAGAGAGAUCGCAUCAAAGAACUGCAGGAAACUUCAGAACUUGGAUGCAUCCCUUUGCCAUGUAGCUUGAAGUGCAGUGGCGGCAGUUCAAACUCCAGUGCUGAAUCCAAACUGAGGACGAAGGUUCCAUAUGUGCGGUUAGAGCGCUUGCAAAUCGAUCUGUCCACUGACACUGAGCUUCCAACCUUCAAACUGUUACCGGGCAGCGGCCAGGAUGAGUUCAGCCUGAUCGUCAUCGAAGGAGAUGGUUUGCCUUUGAAUCCAUCCUUCAAGGCACCAACUCUGGAGAACACUCUGACGCCACCAAACUCAGCCUCUCCCACGUCAGAAACUGAAAUCGAUUUUGUGUUCAGCGAGAGGACUGAGGUGGCAACCAAGCGUUCCCACCACCCCCUGAGCCCCACGCCCUCCCCCAGUGAAAAGUCACCUGGGAGCAUACCAGACCUAAAAGCGUCCCCGCUAUGCAGCGUCGGUGACAAAGGUGAGGAGCCAGACGAGGUUGUCUGUGUCGUUUGUGGGAAAGGAGGCGAGCUGCCAGGUUGUCGUCGCUGUCUGAAGGUGUUUCACGUUGACUGCCACGUCCCUGCUUUGCCAAGUGUGCCCAGUGUUGAAUGGACGUGUUCACUAUGUGUGGAUUUGGCAGCACCUGAAAUACAAACGGAAAGCUCACCCACAGCAUCGGAAAGCAACAGUGAUGCUGCAACAGAAGGCCUUGGUGCUCUUGAUCAGAGGAAAUGUGAACACUUGCUGUUGUUGCUGCUCUCCCAUAAGGGGAGUCAGGGCCUCCACAACCCCGCUGGACUCUUGCAAUUGAAGAAUCAGCGAGUAAAUCUGUCUUCCAUUAGAGCGAAACUCGAGAAGACUAGCUCAGCCCGUUACUCCAGACCUGAUGAGUUUGUGCUGGAGGUUCGAUUAAUGUUUAAGAUGUGUAGUAAGCUGAUUCAGGACAAGAAGGAGGCGACUGAGUCCAUGAUGACCCUCCAGUCGAUCUUCGAAGAGAGGCUGACAGAUGUCUUCAGCGGCAAAACCUUUGCCACCCCACCAGUGGAUGAGCCGGAGAUGGAGGUGAGCAACAGGCACUGUGACCAAACCGACACGAGGCAGCCGGCUUGUUCUGCAGACGGUCUCGACAGCAGCCCGCUGCAAGCUAAAAGGCGGAGGCUUGACGAAGACUAGCGGCUUUGGAAGGGGAGACCUGCGUUUACAGACCAGUAACGUUGGAUGAAUGGUUGACCUCAGAUUUGAGAGUUGGCUGCCAAGACCGAUCUUGUUGAAUUUGAUUUUGCUCAACAAGACUGUAAAUAGACAAGAGUGCCCUGGCUAGCUUCGGCAACUGUGAUUUGCCAAGAAGACUCGAAUUAAAAGUAUAAACCUGGGCCCAGGCAACAACCGGCAUAAAAACCCAGACCUGCUGAGUUUUUCCAGCAUUUUCUGUUUUUGGCAUAGAAAGACUUCAGCUUCAGAAACCUCCAAUGUUGGGUUCGAGUCUGACUGGAGAACUAGUGCAAAGAUAUUUUGUUUUCUUGGUUUCUGGUUUACUGAGACUUCUACAAGCAAAGGUCAAAACCAGAGUUGUGUUUUUCUAUAUGUAAACUGUAUGUAUUAAAGAAUUCGAUAAUGUGUAA